AUGGCUGCAUUUUCCUCAGAGAGAAAGGACAUGCUGCAGCAACUUGUCGAGAGAACAAGCAGCACAGACGUGGCAGUUGCAAAUGAACGGCAGGAAUUUCUCUCGAUCGAAAUGCUUCAAAAGAUUUCCAAUCUUGAGAGUGAAAAGGCGUUGCUUCAAAAAGAACUUGAAGAGGCAAGGAAAACAGUUCACAACAAAGAGCUUGAGAAGCAAGACUUCCAAGAGAAAUAUUGCUCUGUCAUGGCCCAACAAGCGUUGGAACAUGUCGCAGAGAAGAUGAAGAUUGAGGCAAAGUGGGCAAAGCCACCCACUGAGACCACCAUGGAGAAUCGCCCAGACAAUAUGGGUCAGGCGAGUGAAGGUAGCAGUUCUUCUUGUGCAGAGCCGCAGCAGGGGCAACAUGCUGCAUUGCCGGAAAUUUCGGCAGAAGCACUCGCUGCCAUCGCCCGCGCGAGUGAAGAUACCACGUCUCUCCUCUUUCCCCAAAGGGGUUAUGGAAGACCGAGUGAAAAUGUGGACAUGCAACGCAUGGAGCUCCAGCAGUUGGAGGGCCUGAGUUUCGAGCAAAGGGUGAUACAGGGCCCAUUCCAAAAAAGCAUGGCCAGGGAGUUUUGGCAGCUUGCCGGGGCCCCAUACAGAGGCACUAGCUGCAAUCAUGUAGACGGCAAAGACUAUGUAGAGUUCGGAGGUAGACUUUGGGAAGUCAUUGUCCACAAUCCAGCCACAGAGACAUUCAUCAUCGGCCGAAAGGACGCAACAACUUCCAUUUUGGAAGUUGGUUUUCGCGGGACAGUGAUGGAAGACGCCUAUGGAAACACGAGUUGGGCGAACUGGUCUUCGAAUCUACAUGCAGCCACAGGACCCUUGCACGGUUUGGAUGGUGACAACUUGACGGUGUUAGUGCACAAAGGCUUCCAAGAUGCCUACCUUGCGGUCAACUUGGCAGUGAUCUCAUGGCUCGAGAACACUGCUGAGAAGGAGCCCUUGCUUCGCAUCGCUGGUCAUUCCCUUGGUGCUGCUUUGGCGACAUUGUUUGCUGUCGACAUCAAGCAGCGCGGAUGGCAGAUUGAGGGUGUUGUGACCUUUGGGAGUCCCAGAGUUGGUCAAAGAGGAUUCAAAUCCCUGUAUCAGGAAUUGGGAUUGCACCAUUGUACUGUUCGCUUUGCCAAUGACUAUGAUCCUGUACCUUGGGUUCCUAUAUCCUCUUUGGGCUUCGAGCAUGUUGUAGAGGGAUAUGCGCUGGGUUCGCAGGCCCCUAGUGGCAAUCCUCAUUCUAUGACAGGUAGUUCCACGUCGUACUUGCAUACCUUGCAAGAUGCAGUUGAUGGCCGCGCGGUGCCACACAUCGCGUUGCGCGGUGUGAAUCUGAUGACUGAUAUCAAAGCAAGGGAGUCCACGGUGCACAGUGUGGCCAUGCAAAUGAAGCAAGAGCUGAAGGUGGACAUCGCCCUUCUCCGCCAAGACGUUUCAAAACUCGCUGAGGGGAUGGAAGCAGCAGUGCAAGAAGUCAAGAAUAGUGUUCGGCAGGUGCAUGAUUGGAAAGAUGUUUUGGACAUGGAGACUCUGAUUGACUUCGUGAACCACUACCAGUCACAGCUGCAGACAUGGCAGCAUUGUGUUCCUGAGUGGUUCCGUGACUACAAGAAGCAACUCAAAAGAAUCCUUGAAGCAGCAAAGUUGGAGUUGAAAGAUCUGAAGUCGCCCUUGGCUCCGAAGUUUGUCCUACUGUACCUGCAUGCUGCAUCCUUCCUGAUAGCUGCAAUGGGUACCUCAGGAGCUAGUCCAAGAGAUAUAGGGAAAGAAUUUGGAGACUUUGUUGCAGCUGCAAAGGGGUUGGUUUCGAAUUGUCUGCACCUGAACUUGUCUCUUCAAAAUGAGAUUUUACAGCUUCUGCCCAGAACUCACGAUGUUUCCUCGCCUGAGGAGGGGGAUGUCCACCUGAGUUUGCAAGAAGGGAUCUUGAAGCUUCGCGGCAGAGGCUCUCAGCUUGGCUCCCCCUUGUUUCAGCUGAUGAAAUGGAGCCAAGUGCCAGACAUGGACACACUGGAAUUGCAGCUAGGUAGCGAGUAUGCAGGCACUUUGUUGCGGCAGCUCCCGCAGAACCUGACAUCAUUGAGUUUGAAUUUUAGCUACUGCGACCAAAUCACAGACGCAGCUGUGCAGCAGCUUGCCAGCAGCAUGCCACAGAACCUGACAUCAUUAAGUUUGAUUUUUUCCUCCUGCGACCAAAUCACAGACGCAGCUGUGCAGCAGCUUGCCAGCAGCAUGCCGCAGAACCUGACAUCAUUGAGUUUGCAUUUUAGCUCCUGUCACAAAAUCACAGACACAGCUGUGCAGCAGCUUGCCAGCAGCAUGCCGCAGAACCUGACUUCAUUGAGCUUGGAGUUUUCCUCCAGCCGCCAAAUCACAGACGCAGCUGUGCAGCAGCUUGCCAGCAGCAUGCCGCAGAACCUGACAUCAUUGAGUUUGAAUUUUAGCUACUGCCACAAAAUCACAGACGAUGUGCAGCAGCUUGCCAGCAGCAUGCCGCAGAACCUGACAUCAUUGAGUUUGAAUUUUAGCUACUGCGACCAAAUCACAGACGCAGCUGUGCAGCAGCUUGCCAGCAGCAUGCCGCAGAACCUGACAUCAUUGAGUUUGCAUUUUAGCUCCUGCGACCAAAUCACAGACACAGCUGUGCAGCAGCUUGCCAGCAGCAUGCCGCAGAACCUGACUUCAUUGAGCUUGGAGUUUUCCUCCUGCCACCAAAUCACAGACGCAGCUGUGCAGCAGCUUGACAGCAGCAUGCCCCAGAACCUGACAUCAUUGAGUUUGCAUUUUAGCUCCUGUCACAAAAUCACAGACACAGCUGUGCAGCAGCUUGCCAGCAGCAUGCCGCAGAACCUGACUUCAUUGAGCUUGGAGUUUUCCUCCAGCCGCCAAAUCACAGACGCAGCUGUGCAGCAGCUUGCCAGCAGCAUGCCGCAGAACCUGACAUCAUUGAGUUUGAAUUUUAGCUACUGCCACAAAAUCACAGACGAUGUGCAGCAGCUUGCCAGCAGCAUGCCGCAGAACCUGACAUCAUUGAGUUUGAAUUUUAGCUACUGCGACCAAAUCACAGACGCAGCUGUGCAGCAGCUUGCCAGCAGCAUGCCGCAGAACCUGACAUCAUUGAGUUUGCAUUUUAGCUCCUGCGACCAAAUCACAGACACAGCUGUGCAGCAGCUUGCCAGCAGCAUGCCGCAGAACCUGACUUCAUUGAGCUUGGAGUUUUCCUCCUGCCACCAAAUCACAGACGCAGCUGUGCAGCAGCUUGACAGCAGCAUGCCCCAGAACCUGACAUCAUUGAGUCUGGCUUUUUCAGUCUCUGACCAAGUCACAGACGCAGCUGUGCAGCAGCUUGCCAGACACAUGCCGCAGAACCCGACAUCAUUGAGUUUGGCUUUUUCAGUCUCUGACCAAGUCACAGACGCAGCUGUGCAGCAGCUUGCCAGCAGCAUGCCGCAGAACCUGACAUCAUUGAGUUUGCAUUUUGGCUUCUGUCACCAAAUCACAGACGCAGCAGUGCAGCAGCUUGCCAGACACAUGCCGCAGAACCUGGCUUCAUUGAGCUUGGAUUUUUUCUCCUGCAACCAAAUCACAGGCGCAGCUGUGCAGCUUGCCAGCAGCAUGCCGCAGAACCUGACUUCAUUGAGCUUGGAGUUUUUCUCCUGCAGCCAAAUCACAGACGCAGCUAUGCAGCAGCUUGCCAGCAGCAUGCCGCAGAACCUGACUUCAUUGAGCUUGGACUUUUCCUCCUGCCACCAAAUCACAGACGCAGCUGUGCAGCACCUUGCCAGCAGCAUGCCGCAGAACCUGACUUCAUUGAGCUUGGACUUUUCCUCCUGCCACCAAAUCACAGACGCAGCUGUGCAGCACCUUGCCAGCAGCAUGCCGCAGAACCUGACAUCAUUGAGAUUGAAUUUUAGCUCCUGCUACGAAAUCACAGACGCAGCUGUGCAGCAGCUUGCCAGAAAGAUGCCAGAGAACCUGACUUCGUUGCGUCUGGAUUUUCGCGACUGUUGCCAAAUCACAGACGCAUUUGCGCAGCAGCUUGCCAGCAACAUGCGGCAGCAUCUGGUGCCUAUCCUUCAAAGUGAGGAGGUGCAAGAGGUCAUUGCCUACGUGUUGAAUGCCUUAGGCAACUUUGCAUGUAGCGAUAUCAUGUGGCAUGAGCUUCAGCAAAUGAAUGCGGCUGAUGGCAUUCUGACAAUCCUGAAGCAGACCCAAAGAGAGGAAAUCAGGAUCAACUGCCUCUUUUGCCUGGCGAAUUUGACCGCGGAUCCAUGGCACCGAAAGUGGAUGAUGGGGAAAGAGGUCUAUGAGAUUAUUUGGGGCUACAUGCAGGAUCCCAACAAGACCAUCAUGUCGUACUCCCUGGCGAUUCUUCGGGGAUUGGCCGUUGAGACGGAGGCUCAAGAGUUAUUUCCAUCGAUGGGUUUGGUGCCUUUGCUCAUUGGCAUUUACCACAGUCAAUAUCCCCAAGCGCUGAAGACGCUGUCCAUGGAUUUGCUCCUUCACUUCUCGAUGUUCAAGCAGAACGCAGGGCUGAUGAUGGAGAAGGAGGUGGCUCAAGUCAUUGAGUUGGCUGGAAGAGGUACAGGCCAUGUGGAAUAUGUUCCGAUUGGCAUUGCCAUCAUUGCCAACAUUUGCGAAAGUGUAGAUCUACAUGAUCGCAUCGUUGAGUCGCCCCUUUUCGAAGUCCUCACGGAACACAUCCACAACGACAACACCAACGUGUGGUGCAGACGCAGCUUGGCGGGGAAGCAGCACGUCAUCCGGGCUCUGAUGCAGCUGAGCCUGUCGCCCAAGUAUCACCAUGUGAUCCUCACCACUGGAGCGAUGGCCAACGUGUGCCCCAUUGCACUCACCCAGCGCUUGAGCAUUGGAAUGCGAACCAAUGCGCUGCAGAUGAUGGCGGCAGUUUGUGCGACGCAUCCCACAACUCCAACGGCCAGCGACAUCAUCGACCUGAUGUUUCUGAUCGUCAACUCCGAGGAGAACAUCGACAUCCGUCGCGCCGCAGCGUUGGUUAUCGCCAAUGCCUCCUCGGACAGUGGGAAUCUGCUUCCUUGGCUCGCCGCGGGGGCGCCGGCGUUUUUGUUCGGCCCCUCCGCCAUGAGUCUAGAUGUAGAUGCUGAGAGGGAGAUCCCCAGCUGUGAGCUGAUCGCCACCAAAUGCAUCGGCAGUGGGGUGACCUCGGAGGUUUACCAAGGACAUUGGAACCGCAUCGGCAGGGUGGUGGCCAUCAAAAUGAUCACUGAACGAAGUGCCAUCCGGCCGGACGAGCAGUUGGCCUUUGCCAGAGAAUUGAACAUUCUCACGCAGGUACAACAUGAGAACCUGGUGAGAUUCUAUGGGGUUUGCAUUGAUUCCCCACCUUUGCGCAUUGUCACCGAGUUCUGUGAAGGUGGCGCCUGUUUCGAACUCCUCCAUAACUCCGAUGAUGUGGACCUCAUUUGGCCACAGCAGAUUAAAAUGUGCAAAGAUGUGGCAGCUGCCAUGUACUAUUUGCACACCUUUGAUCCUAUGAUCAUUCACCGAGACUUGAAAUCGUUGAACCUUCUGCUAGAUCGACCAGUCUAUGGCCCAAGAGAUGUACCGACCGUGAAGGUCUGUGACUUUGGAGUUGCCAAGUUGCAACGAGAAGGCGAGUGGGGACAGAUGACUGCACAAGCAGGCACCAAGCAUUGGAUGGCCCCUGAGAUGUGGAAAGGGACCACAUAUGAUGAGAAGGUGGACGUUUUUUCUUACGCCAUGGUCAUCUAUGAGAUUGUUUGUCGAGAAGUGCCUUUUGAAGAGGAAGAACCCGGCGAUGUGGGUAAGUAUACGCUGGCUGGUGUUCGUCCUGAUAUGGAUGCUGUACCGCCCGACACACCGCCGGACCUCGUCAAUGUGAUGCAGGUCUGCUGGGCCCAAGAAUCCACAGAUCGACCCGGAUUUCCUGAGAUCAUGAGAAUGUUAGCUUACCUUUAA